AUGCCAAUAAAAACACGACAACAAAAAUUAAACUACUAUUACUACAUUUGUAACACGGCGGACUUCAUUGAGUCCCUAAGAAUUUUGAGUAGCAACAUUAUAUUAGUUAAAAUGUUGGACGUAUAUUUUACUAUUAUGGUCAUAAUAGUAGUUAUUUAUUAUUUAUCACAGCGCAAAUUUAACUAUUGGAAAGUCAGAAAUGUGAAGUAUUUAAGUCCAGUGCCGUUUGUUGGUAACUACAGUGCAUACAUCUUCCAAAAGAAGACACUUGGAGAAACUGUUCAAAGCAUUUGCCAGAAGUGGCCUGAAGAACCUCUGAUCGGCGCCUUCUACGGGACUGAGCCCGUGCUGGUCGUGCAAGACCCCGAGUACAUCAAACUCGUCACGACGACAGAUUUCUACUACUUCAACGGCAGAGAAGUUUCAGAUUACAUUCACAAAGAAACUUUAUCCAGAAAUAUAUUUUUUGCCAACGGAAAUUGGUGGAAUCUGUUCAGAAAGAAUCUGUCGCCAUUUUUUACAUCUACAAACAUAAAAAGAAUGUUUCCUUUAAUAGCCAAUCAUUGUAAGUCACUUGAUAAACUCCUGGAGACAGAAACUCAAGUGAGUAAAGAUUUAGAUGUGAGCUCCCUCAUGAUGCGAUACACUCUGGACUGUAUCUGCUCCAGCACUCUUGGGAUUGACCCCACCGCUCUGAGCACCACUCCCAGUAACCACCCUUUUGUGCAUGUUGGACGAAUGAUUUUCUCCACGUCUACUUACAGAGGAAUACAAACAGUUUUUAGAGCUGUUUGGCCAAAUAUAUUUUAUGGGCUCGGUUUCAAGAUGUUCCCAAAUGAUAUAACCGACUUUUUCCUGUCGGUAGUAAAAAAACAACUGCAAGAACGAGAAGAUGAACGUCAGAAUCGACACGAUUUAAUUGAUUUCGUCGCGAAACUCCAGAAAGAAGAAUAUAUUACUGGGGACAGCAUACACAACUUGCUCAAGAAUUCAGCACCAGAGAAAAUUAAGAUGAAAAUAGAUGACGUGUUACUUGUGACUCAAGUGGUAUCAAUAUUUGCUGCAGGAUUUGAGACUUCAGCUACGACUAUGUCGUUUGUGCUGUUCGAGCUAGCCAAGAAUCCGGAAAUUCAGCAACGUGUAUUGGAUGAGAUAGACCAGUACAACGCAACCAAGCAGGGUGGAUUGAACUACACCUGCAUUACUGAGUUACCAUACUUGUACCAAUGUAUCCAAGAAACGUUACGCCUGUACCCCUCAUUGCAAGUAGUGACAAGGGAAGUUUUCAAAAGUUACAGGUUUCCGAACGGAGUGCAAGUGGAUCGAGGCGUUAGAGUUCAUAUUCCUGUAUUGCACAUGCACAGAAACCCGAAGCAUUUCAAAGACCCACAUGUAUUCAAUCCUGAUCGAUUCUCACCCGAACAGAAGCACACUGUAUCAGAUUACGUCUUCAUGCCGUUUGGUAAAGGGCCAAGACUUUGUAUAGGUUCCAGGUUUGGAAAAAUGCAGAUGAUGGCAGGUUUGGUGUCAAUUUUCACAAAAUAUCGGCUGGAGUUACCAACAGGAGCUCCAACCGAAGUGCAAUUUGAACCAAGGUCCAUGCCGACCCAGCCUAAAAAAGCAUUACACUUGAAAUUCAUAUCUCGAAAUAGUACAUUUAAUUAG